CUCGGGGUUGUCUGAAUAGGAAAAUAUGGCCAGGUCCUUAUGUACAGACGAACGCGAGAUUGCGUGCUUCUGCUUUUCUUUAUCGCAUCGAUGGACUUUUGUCUCCCAAUUUUCAAUCUCUUUCUAUUUAUCUGGAAUCCGGAAUGGUCACGCAUUUCGGUGCCUCAGCAGAAGUGUACCAUAACUCUGGCCGAUAACCAGAAGCCGGCAAUGGCAUCUUAAGCUCGUGCGCAGGUCAGGGUGUUCGCCAGUCAGACAAAUAAUGUCAAAUCUCUAUAUACGACGUCGACUGGAGUGGUGGACAGGAUAGAUGAGAGAAAAGAUGUAGAAACUUUUUUUUAUCUUCGACCUCCCAUCAACUAUCCACAUGGGCAUAUCUAAAGGAGCAAUGUCAGGUGAAAGAACGCCUCUGCUUAAACAGCAUGCCGCUGAGGGCCCCGAGCAUCUCAGCGCUGCCCGCAAACGACUCAUCGUCGCAACUGCUCUAUUGACUGGUUUCCUCUCAACUUUAGAUCUUACGAUCGUUGCAACUUGCGUCGCUACAAUCUCCUCAGAGCUCAAUUCAUCAGAUCAAGAAGCGUGGAUCGGAACCGCCUACUUAUGGAGCAACGUUACAUUCACUCCUCUCUACGGUCGUCUGAGUGACCUCUUGGGCCGGCGAGCGGCUUACUUGCAGGCCAUCAUCCUCUUCACAGUUGGCACCUUCUUCUGCGGAUGUGCGACUUCUUUCCCUAUGUUAGUCAUUGCCCGUUUCGUGGCCGGUAUGGGCGGUGGUGGAAUGGGAACCGUUUCCAGCGUACUGAUGGCAGACAUCUUCUCACCUGCUGAGAGAGGCUUUUACCAAGGAUUGGGCUUUGCUGUUUUUGGUGCAGGUACAGGAUUGGGAGGACCUAUUGGUGGGAUGUUGACCCAGGCAUUUGGAUGGCGAGCUGCUUUUUAUGCCCAAGUGCCCAUUGCGGCUAUAACAAUUAUCUGCGCCUUGAUUACUGUACCUUCCUUUAAGCAUGAAGCUUUCGACUUGAAGCACCUCAAGCAGAUUGAUUUUGGUGGUUCUUUUUCGCUCCUUGUCUCUAUCGGUGCUCUUCUUCAACUCUUAUCACGGACCGGAGGCUCAGGAUCUAUCGCGCACGAUCCAUUCAGUAUCGCCAUGGCUGUCAUCUUCCCCGUCUUUUUCGUCAUCUUUGUCUUUGUCGAGCUCAAGGUGGCCAGCAAACCUGUACUGCCACUCACUCUCUUGACCCGCAGGACUCCUCUAUGUGUGGGUAUUAUCGCUGGUGUUAUUGCCAUCGUCAAUUUUAACAUGAUCUACCAUCUCCCUAUGGUUUUCGAGAUCGUCUUCCAACAACCCGUAUCUGUCGCUGGCGCGCACCUCUUACCCAACUCGGUCGCCAUGACCAUUUCUGCCCCUAUCAUGGGCUAUAUCGUCAAGCGAACUGGUCGAUACAAGUGGCUGACUGUCCUGAAUUGUGCUGGACCAGUAGUUGCUAUGGCUUUAUUGACGAAUCUGAAAAUAGGGUCUUCCUGGGCCAACCAAUGGCUCAGCGUCUUGCCAAUGGGUGCGGGAUUUAGCGGUUUGUUGACCCUAACUUUGACUGCGAUGCUCAAUUCUGUGGAGAAACACGAAAUUGCUACUUCAACGGGUUUCGUCUUUGUCUGGCGUUCUCUCGGCCAAGUCUUCGGUGUCGGCCUCUCCGGCGCCGUCUUUCAAGGAACGCUUUCCGAGCAGCUUAACAGCAGGUUCGACUCGCCCGAGAUUAUCGAUAAGCUCCGCCACGCCUCUCAGGCCAUCAAGACGCUCCCAGAAGAAUGGCAGAGAGUUGCCGCUCGUCAGGCCUACAGUAUCUCUCUCAAGUAUACUUUUGUUUUUGGUCUCUUGGGUGCUUUAGGAGUGUUCAUUACGUCUCUUUUCAUCCCUAACGACACUAUCCAUGAUCCAUCAGCGCCUGUGCAAGUUGCUCCUAUCCCUGAUGAAGAGUUUGAUGAAGAAGCGUGAGAAUCAAGUGGGUAGAAACGGAUAUGAAGAUGAAAAGGGCAGACGUUUGGUAUUCUCAUUUUAGUAAUAGAUUUAUAUAAAACAUGUAUCGAUUUCUUGGUCCAG